AUGAGUAAAGUAACGGCAACUUUAGGAAGAAAUUUCAUUAAAAGCAAAGAAUUUCAAGAAUCACAGCUUUUGGGUCUCGAAUUGGAGGCGGCGGAGAUAAAGCCGCCGAAGUCGCGAUCGAUUCGCAAUAAAUUGGUUUCACUGACACUCAAGAAGAAGAAUAAAUUAAGUGAAGACGUGAGACGACGCCUACAGGACGAUGACAUCGCCGCCGACACCUAUAGCUCAUGGCUGGAGUCGAGGCCGACGUCUAAUCUCGAGAAAUUACAUUUCAUUAUAGGACACGGAAUACUCAGAGACGAGUUAAGUGAACUUUGCAUACAGUGCUCGAGCAGAUGGGGAAGUUUUUAA